AUGGCCAACAGAGUUCGCCAAGUAACUCAACAUAUGGCUGGAACGACCGCAGAGCAAUGGCAAAGCGUCCCUCUGGCCCCGCCAGACAGCAUCUUCAAGCUGACUGCUGCCUACAAAGAGGACACCUUCGGAAAGAAGAUCAACCUGGGCGUCGGCGCAUAUCGGGAUGACAAUAGCAAGCCGUGGGUUUUGCCUGUCGUCAAAGAGGCAACUCGUAUUCUUUUGCAAGACGAGUCUCUUGAUCAUGAGUACUUGCCGAUUACCGGAUUGCCAGAAUUUACUGCUGCUGCUGCCAAACUCAUUCUCGGGUCCGACUCGCCGGCGAUUGCCGAAAACCGGGUUUCUAGUGUUCAGACUAUCUCCGGUACUGGCGCGAACCAUCUCGGUGCCCUCUUCCUUUCCCGUUUCUACCAGUGGGGUUCCGCGGAGAAGAAAGUUUGGCUCAGUAAUCCUACUUGGGCAAACCACCAAGCAAUUUUCAAAAAUGUCGACAUCGCCCCCGUGGAUUACCCUUACUACGACCCGAAGACAAUCGGUUUGGAUUUCGAAGGCUUUGUUGGCGCGCUGAAGAAUGCCCCGGAACGCUCGGUCUUUUUGUUGCAUGCUUGUGCCCACAAUCCCACUGGUGUUGACCCCACACCGGAGCAAUGGGCAACAAUCGCUGAUGUUUUCCUUGCCAAGAAACAUUUUGCAUUCUUGGAUUGUGCUUACCAGGGUUUUGCCAGUGGCGACCUUGACAACGAUGCACGUGCAGUCCGCUUCUUCGUCGAAAAAGGCGUGUCUCUCUUGAUAUGCCAGAGUUUUGCCAAGAAUGCUGGUCUGUAUGGCGAGCGAGUUGGUGCUCUCCAUGUUGUUUCCACGAGCAAAGAGGCAGCAACUCGGGUCAAGAGCCAGCUCUCUGUUCUCCAGCGUAGCGAAAUCAGCAAUCCUCCGACACACGGAGCUCGCAUCGUUUCCUUGAUCCUCAAUAACCCCAAUAUGUUUGAGAUGUGGAAACGCGACAUUGCGACCAUGGCCAACCGUAUUAUUGACAUGCGCAAAGAACUUUUCCGUUUGCUUACUGAAGAGCUCCACACUCCAGGCGAUUGGAAACAUAUCGUGAACCAGAUUGGGAUGUUUAGUUUCACUGGGAUCACUCCUGCUCAAAGCAAAGCUCUCAUCGAUGAUGCUCAUAUCUAUCUCACAGCCAACGGACGCAUCUCGAUGGCUGGCUUGAAUUCCCACAACAUCAAGUACUUUGCCGAGAGUCUAGAUCGCGUUGUUAGAACAUAUUAG